AUGGACGUUGAAAUGCAGAUGGGAGCCAAUGGGCUCCCUGUUAAAUUUAGCUCAACCUCAGAUCAACCACAAGAAUCUCAUGUUGCCGGCAAUCUGGCCGCCACAAUAUCGAAUUCAGAGGCUUCUGUCAAUCCGCUCCCCCCUGAACCGGAAGAAAAUGUGUGGCUGGAGGCAGUUCCCGAGACAGUUCCCCAGCCUGUUCCAGAGCCAGUCGUGGAGGCAGCGCCUGAAGCACCAGUUGACGCUGUCACGAACGGCAUAGCGGAUCAUGUGAAAGAACCUGCCGGUCAAUCUAUUUCUGCCGUUCCUGAUUCGCAACCUCAGUCUACUCUUGAUACCACCCCUACCGCGCCUCCAGCAGCGACGUCAAUAUCUGAAUCGAACCUCACUGAAUCAUUUGUGCCUUCUUCCAUCCCAGCUGAGAUCCCCUCUUCGGCCUCUCCGGUAGAGACAAGUCAGUUCGCCAUGGAUAUUUCAGAGCCUCAACCAGUUCCGUCCCUACCACCCACUUCCGAUCUUCGAACCUCCCCUCAUGCGGAUGCGCUCACUCCCGAGGCUGCUGCCGAAGUCGAAGCUCGGAAGCAUCAGCUGGAUAACUCCGCCGAUGUCUCGGUCACACUUGCCAAACCCGAAAUCACCGAGACGUCCUUCUCGACUAUCCCUCCGCCGGUGGAGUCGGCUCCGGCCACUCAAGCUCCAGUCACCAAUAUUGGUCUUCCAUCUCCUCCGGCUCAGUCACCGCCACCGGCGCCACAAUUGGCCCACGUGACCUUGCCGGAAGAGAAGCCAACCAGGCAAUCGAUGGAACCACCGACGGAACCAGCAACAAUUCCACCUCCAGUCGAAGAACCCAAAGUGCCCGCUCAGGCAGAGGCCGAAGAUCAGGUGAUGACGGAUAUUGCAGCUCAACCAGUCAAGCAGGCUCGGGAACGAGAGGAUGACACUGUGGAGAUGGAGCCCGCACCAAAACGUGUCAAGACAGACGAGCCCCAACCGAGGGCGGAAGAACCGGAAUUCAAAGUUCCGGACGUGCCUGCGUCGUCUGCACCGUCACAGAUGCCCAACGGUGACACCGCGGCUGCUAUGAACGGCGCAGAUGAUGGUGAUGAUUCUGUGACUCCGGCGCGUUUGGCACACAUGAAGAGAGUGAUAUCAAAUUUGAAGAAGAGCAAUGCUUCUGCGGCUUUCCGACUCCCCGUUGAUUAUGUGGCUCUCAAUAUUCCGUCCUAUCCAGAUGUUAUCAAGCAUCCUAUGGAUUUGGGUACCAUCGAUCAACGACUGAAGCAGAACAAAUACACGUCUCUUGCGGCAUUUGUCAGCGACUUCCAAUUGAUUGUGAACAAUUGUUUCACAUUCAACGGUCCGGAUCACGCUGUAUCCCAAGCAGCCAAGAAGAUGAAGUCGUCGUUCGAUGGACAGAUGAAAAAUUUGCCCAAAGCUAGUGUUGAAGAGCCAUCAAAGGAGACCAAGAAGGCUGCCAAAAAACAGGAACCGACAAGAUCAGCACCCCCACGCCGACCAUCAGUGACCACGUCGACUGCUCCCGGAGGGACCGCUGGUUCACCAAAAUCUGCCGUUCCACCAACACCGUCUUUUGCGCCCGGACCUGAUGGUAUCCCACUUAUUCGACGCGAUUCAAGCUUGGCCGAUGGUCGGCCGAAGAGAGCUAUUGUCCCUACAAAGCGCAACCAAGAAUUCGGUGGAGGUCGGCCCAAGAAGAAGAAGUACGAGUUGCAAUUGAAGUUCUGUAAUGAGGUGUUGAAGGAACUCACGAGCCCGAAAUAUUGGCAAAUCAACCAGUAUUUCACUCAUCCGGUCGAUCCGGUGGCCCUGAAUAUUCCUACCUAUUUCCAAAUCAUCAAGAAACCCAUGGACUUGGGCACCGUCAAGCAAAAACUCGACAACAAUGUCUACGAGAAAGCCAAAGAUUUUGAGGAAGAUGUUCGGCUUAUCUUCAAGAACUGCUACAAAUUCAAUCCGGAUGGUGACCUGGUCAAUACGUCUGGCCACCAAUUGGAAGAAAUGUUCAACAAGAAGUGGGCUACCAAGGACGAAUGGAUUGGGGCUCGUGAACCACAAUCUGAACCUCAAUCGGGUGUCGAGGAUGAGGAAGAGGAAGAGGAUGAGAGCGAGGAAGAGGCUGAGGACGAUAGCGACCAAGAACGAAACGACAAGAUCAAACGUCUGCAACAACAGAUUGAAGAAAUGUCGAAACAAAUGGGUGAAUUGGCACAGAAGAAGAACAAGAAGUCCAAGUCACCCCCGACCAAGAAGAGCAAAUCCAAAUCAAGCAAGAAAGACAAGCCUGCGGCGAACUUCCCCAAUCUCGGCAAGGACAAGAAAGAGAAGAAGAAACCUGCUCCCAGAUCGAGACCGGAAAAGGAUCGUUAUGUCACCUUUGCCGAGAAGCAAUACAUUUCUAAUGGGAUUGCCAUGCUACCGGAGAAGCAGAUGCAGGAGGCACUCAAAAUCAUUCAAAACAGCGUCCCGUCCUUGGCCAACAGUGAUCAAAAUGAGAUUGAACUGGACAUUGAGGAAGUUCCCAAUCAUGCUCUUCUCAAAUUGCUCAACUUUGUCAAGAAAUAUGCCGGACCUCCUCCAGAUGAGUCCAAAGCCGAACCUGCCGAAGUCUACAAUCCUGCACCAGUACAGAAAACGAAGAAGGGUAAACCCAUGAGCAAGCAUGAACAAGAGGCUCAAAUUGAAGAAUUGAAGGGCAAGUUGGGUGCUUACGCUGGACCAAUAUCUCCAAAUGCUGUUCCUUCGAUUGAGACGGGCGAGAGCAGUGACGAUGAUGGUGAUUCGGAGGAGAGUGAGGAGGAGUAG